GUAACCCUGCUGGGCGCUGGGCUGAUGCUGGCCGUCACGAUCAUGGCCAAGGGCAGCGCGCCCGGCAGCGCUGCCCAUCGUCGACCCAAGGGUGGCCUCGCUGUCCAGUGUGUUGGCAGCCUCCGGCAGCUUGGCCAGCUUCGUGGCCUCCGAGUUCGCCACGGUGGAAACCACGGAGUCGGCCGGCUCCGCCGCACGACCCAGGCAGCGUCUUCCUGCUGCAGUGCUGGGUCUUCCUGCUGCGGCCUCCGCAUGAAGAGGGCCCUGAGCUGA